UUUGGGAGCAUCUAGCCUGCCUCUAGCAAACACACGCGCUGACCCACACACAGGACACGGCUCUGUCAGGUGACAACACGCAGGGCAAAAAGGGAGCCAGGUCAGCUUUGGCCAUGCAGAACGAGGGCACUGCUGAGACUGGCACCACAAAAACUGGAGCACGAGACACACAGGAGGCAAAGACAUCCAGGCAGCAGAUGGCUGAGAGGGUGAGAGAGCUGACACAGACAAGGCUGCAGAAAAUAUGGAUCCCACACCAGUGUGAGAGGCUGCAGCAGCGCAGAGGAUCUUCCAUCCCCCAGUUUACCAACUCCCCCACUAUGGUCAUUCUGGUUGGACUUCCUGCUCGGGGAAAAACCUACAUCUCUAAGAAGCUCACACGCUACCUCAAUUGGAUUGGGACUCCCACUAAAGUGUUUAAUGUCGGGCAGUAUCGGCGAGAGGCCGUGCAGACGUACAAAAACUAUGAGUUCUUCCGUGCUGACAAUGAAGACGCCAUGAGGAUUAGGAAACAGUGCGCACUCAACGCCUUAAGGGAUGUGAACAUCUACCUGUCGCAGGAGGCGGGGCAUGUGGCGGUGUUUGAUGCCACCAACACUACUAGGGAGCGGAGGUCACUAAUCCUGCAGUUCGCUAAGGAGCGAGGAUACAAGGUGUUUUUCAUUGAAUCCAUCUGUGAUGACCUAGACAUCAUUGCUGAGAACAUCACGCAAGUCAAGCUGUCCAGCCCAGAUUACAAGGACUGUGACCGAGAGAAAGUAGUAGAGGAUUUCCUGAAGCGAAUUGAGUGUUAUCAGAUGACAUAUGAGCCACUGCACGACGAUUUGGACAGCUCAUUGUCGUACAUUAAGAUUUUUAACGUUGGGAGUCGGUACUUGGUGAACAGGGUUCAGGAUCAUAUACAGAGCCGCACCGUAUACUACCUGAUGAAUAUCCACGUCACACCUCGCUCUAUCUACCUGUGCCGGCACGGCGAGAGCGAUCUGAACCUCAUGGGUAGGAUUGGUGGGGACUCUGGUUUGUCCCCCCGGGGCAAACAGUUUGCAAACGCUUUGGGUAACUUUGUAAAGUCGCAGCAGAUCCCAGACCUGAAGGUGUGGACAAGCCACAUGAAACGCACCAUCCAGACGGCGGAAGCCCUGAGCGUCCCGUAUGAGCAGUGGAAAGCUCUGAAUGAGAUUGAUGCUGGCGUGUGUGAGGAGAUGACCUAUGAACAAAUUCAAGAGCAUUUCCCUGAAGAGUUUGCACUGAGGGACCAGGACAAAUAUCGCUACCGAUACCCUAAAGGAGAGUCGUAUGAGGACCUGGUACAGAGACUAGAGCCUGUCAUAAUGGAGCUGGAGCGUCAGGAGAACGUGUUGGUGAUCUGCCAUCAGGCGGUCAUGCGGUGUCUGUUAGCGUACUUCCUGGACAAGAGCGCAGAGGAGCUUCCCUAUCUCAAGUGCCCUCUCCACACGGUGCUGAAACUGACGCCCGUUGCUUAUGGUUGUAAAGUAGAGUCCAUAUAUCUGAAUGUGGAGGCAGUGAACACACACAGGGAGAGACCCUCGAACGUGGAUGUGACUCGUGAUCCGGAGAAAGCCCUGGAAACUGUUCCUGAGCAUUUUUAAAUAGGACUGAUCAACAGGUCACAUAACCAGAUGGCUGGGCUGGAGGAACAGAGAAGCCACAGUGAUUCACCACCAGUGUCAGCUGGAUAAUAAAAUACUCAGGAGUGGUUACUCCUAGCUCUAAACGCACAAACAAGAGAAAUCACUGGUUUGCACCGGGUGGAAACCCAUGUUCUCUGCUCAUAGCCUGUUGCUAUCUCAGGACUGUAGGAAUCAUUUGCCAUAGGAGCAGCCUCCAUUUUCCUCUGUAUUUGAAGGCCUCCUUUCUUUCAAGCUUAUGAAUAGUUGUUAGGAUGCUAAAUAAUGUCCUUUUGUCUGUAGGUUAAGGCAGAGCAGAGGAGAUAUAGAUAUAUAGAUAUAUAUAUAUAUAUAUAUAUAUAUAUAUAUAUAUAUAUAUAUAUAUAUAUAUAUAUAUAUAUAUAUUUGUUUUUUUAUGCAGCACCCGAGCUCAAUCUGCCCUGUAACUUGUUUUUAUUUAACUCUGGUAUCUGGAGUAAAGUCGCAGAUGUAGUGUUCCUAAGGCACACGUAGUGACCUCCUUUGUAGAGGCUAUAGGACUUGCUGCCCUCCCACCAGCAGAUUCUUUAUUUCACUAACUACUUAAAAGGCUUUCUGGGGUAGAUAACCACAAGACCAAGAGGAUGUUCUGUAACUUUAUUUAACAAAAUAACAAAUAUACAAAUAAGUAACAAGUAUACAAGUAAAGCUCUGUAAGGGAAUUUGUCCUCAGCUGCCUUUAUUUGUAACCAAUGAAAUAAUUGUCAUCUGCCAUAAAAAGGCUGCUCUGCUGUCAGUUUUUUGUAAUAACUGGGUAUAUAUGGGGGGUCUUCACUACUGGGAGCCCCCAAUACCAGGUCAUCUACAAUAAAGAGAAGCCCUGCCACAAUGCAGAGCUUUUUACAAGGUACGUGGUAAAUGCUGUAUUUGUUUAAUAAAAAUUCUAUAAUACAAAAA